ACUGUAUCUUGUAUAUAAAUAAGCACAUAUAUAGGUAGGCUUGUCUGCAUCUGCAUCUCCCGCAACUUGACUUUAAGGUAAUCAAUGAACAUAAUUUGCCGUCGUCUUGCGAAUAAUGUGAACAUUUCCAUUUUCCGCAUUUCUCAUACAAAGACAUAAGGCUUUACACAGAUACCUACUAAAAUGGCCGAAAAGCCACCUCAAGUUGAAGGUGUCAUGGACACACAAAUUCAAGUCCCUCCCCCUUUAAGGGCGGCACCGCAGCCGGACUUGACAACAAAUGAAAAGAAACAGGAUGCAAUACAAGCUUGCGCUCCGGCGCCGAUCUCCAGCCUGAUUGUUGAAGAGCCCUCGAGGCCGCCAAACACGGCAGAAAGAAAGAAUAGGCCGCCUCGAAUCGUCCAGGAGCGGGACCAUCCAAUGGUAACACCUCUGGAGCAACUCGAUGAACAUACACACUGGAUAGAUUGCCCUGCUUGCAGAAGGCGGACCAAAACAAUCGCCACAAAGGAGGGUGAUACGAUGCAAAUAGUAGUAGGAAUUUUGCUCUGUUCCGUCUGUCCGUGCCUCGCUUGUCUGCCGUGCAUGGGACACUGGUUCGAAAAUACUCGUAUUACUUGCUCAGCUUGCAAGGUCCAUAUUGCUAGUAUCUCCCCUGCGGGUCAAGUGCAAGUCAUUCUAGUACAAGGAAGGGGGCAACGGCCGUCUGUGUACUAUCAGCCUGGUUUCGAGGCUAAGUAGUCUAUGAGAUAGGUGUUUGAAUGAGAAUUACCAUACUCAGCAUACCUGACAGCUGUAGAGGAUCUCUACAUAUGUUAGGUACUACUUAUCAAUAGAUUCUUACGUGGCGUUUAUAGCUUACACCGUCGAUUAGGUGGCUUCAAACUAGUUAAAUCAACACGUCCAAGAUAGCCCAGCCCCUUUUCUGUGGUACGUCUCGUAAGCUUUAGGCUAUCUAGCUUCAUGUAAAAGCCUAAACUUCGACCAGUCAUUGGGCAUGGCCAUCGUGAACUAAGGCGAGGGGUGGGCGUUAGGCUAGACUACGGUGUCGCCGGAGCUGAAAGGACAUUAUGAUAGAUAAUAGAUGAUACAAGAAAUUCA